AUGAAACUGUUAACAAAGAAUUGUUGUAUCUUGGCUGCUAUUCUUUUUCUUUGGAUGGAUCAGAUGAAUUGUGUUCCGGUAAGUUUAAUCUCAAUGCUGUAUAUGUCCUACAUAUAGAUCAUGUCGUUCACAUAAUCUUUCAAAAAUCGCAUGAUUUCGCAUUGAUCCAUGCAGUGCUGUCAGAGACUUGUUGCAUGCACGUAGAAAUAUAUUCGUGUGGGACAACAUGAAACUUCAUGUUCCCUUUUUUAGUAAACUUUACAAGUAAAAAGUUACUUUUCGUGAUUGUAUAAUUCUAACUGUAAUUCUAACUAUUUUUAAUAUAACACUUAUAGAAUAAAACGCAGUGGCGCGUAACGUUGUGCUAAAGGGCCCCUGGUUUUAACUGGAAUAGGGCCAACCUCGUUUCUAAGAAAGACCCUGGGACCGAGGUUGGAAUAGGGCCCCUGGUCCUGCCCAUUUAAAGUGGCGACCUGGAGGGGGGGGGGGCAGGCUACGACAAAGAUGCAAAAUUUGCUGACUGAAUACAUCAACUCCGCCACUUUGUCAUCCUUGUUCAGGGGCCCUUGACCAUGAACUAUUUUAAAUAAAUGCAAUCCCUUUAUUAUUUUAGUUUUCCAAACAGGAGGGUGACCGCUGUCCGGACGGGAAAUCAUGCGAAGACGACCCGUCAGUUUGCUCGACGGCGUGUAAAUAUGGUGAAUAUAAGUGCACCCAUAUCAAAUUACAAAAUAAGCAUAUCUGUGUAAAGUACAACCCGGACGCGCCCGCAGCCAAUAUGGUUACAAUCCAGAUCCCCGAAUGUGGGACCCAACCUACACCUCCUACAAAAAAUAUCCCUCCGGUGAACACAGCAUGGAAAACAACAGAAUUCCAGACCACCGAAUUAGUAAUACCGAUCACAACCGAAUCAGUCCCGAUAACAACCGAAUCAGUCCCGAUCACAACCGAAUCAUUCCCGACCACAGAAUCAAUUCCGAUCACAACCGAAUCGAUACCGAUCACAACCGAAGCAAUACCGAUCACAACUGAAUCAUUACCGAUCACAACCGAGUCUACGCCGGUGAUAUCCGACCAAAUUCCGAUCACAACCGACAAGUCAUCACUAACUAUCUUUACCAUCCCAUCGCCCACAAAACCCCCAUUCAAUCGACCCUGGGCCUGGAGCCGAUACCACCCUUGGAAACCCCGGUUUGGCAAGAAUAGAAAGAACAAAUGGAAUAGAAAACGGCGAUCUUAUUCAAAAUUUAAUAGGUUACAGCGAAAUCGUAAAUUUUGGUAA